UCAUUUUCAUACACAAGUUCAGCCGGCGGCUUUGACUUAACAGUCGAGUAGUUGCCUGACUUUGUCUGUCUGAUCGUGUGAAAGUGUUAGCAGGCGUGAUUAAUUUAAAACAAAAACGCCACGUACAUAAUUAUUUAAAACAUGGCUGGAAACAACAGCAGAAAAUUGUUUAAAUACAUAACCGAACUUAAUGUUAUUAAACCCCGAAAUUAUGCAACUGCAAAGAGGGUUGUGGCUAAAAACCCUGUUGUUGAAAUGGAUGGUGAUGAAAUGACCCGCAUCAUUUGGUCAAUGAUCAAAGAGAAACUUAUAUUCCCCUAUGUCAAGUUGGACUGCUUGUACUAUGACUUGGGGCUGCCGCACCGAGAUGCCACUAAUGACCAAGUCACUAUUGAUGCUGCUCAUGCUAUCCUUAAGCACAAUGUUGGUAUCAAGUGUGCUACCAUUACUCCUGAUGAACAGCGAGUUGAAGAAUUCAAGUUGAAAAAGAUGUGGCUGAGUCCUAAUGGUACAAUUCGUAACAUACUCGGCGGUACUGUGUUCCGUGAGCCCAUCCUUUGCAAAAGCAUUCCCCGCGUCGUCCCCGGGUGGACUCAAGCUAUGGUUAUUGGUCGUCACGCGCAUGGAGACCAGUACAAGGCACAAGACUUGGUUAUACCUAAGGCAGGAAAGGUUGAAUUGGUCUACACAGCUGAAGAUGGAACUGUAGAGAGGCGGCCCUUGUACAACUUCAAAAGCCCUGGAAUUGCUAUGGCCAUGUACAACACCGACGAGUCCAUUCGCGCGUUCGCUCACUCCAGUUUCCAGGUGGCAUUGCAGAAGAAAUGGCCUUUAUAUUUGUCUACUAAGAACACAAUUUUGAAGCGUUAUGAUGGUCGUUUCAAGGAUAUUUUCGAAGAAAUUUAUCAGAGUGAUUAUAAGAAGCAAUUCGAAGAUGCAAAGAUAUGGUAUGAGCACCGGUUGAUCGACGACAUGGUUGCGCAGGCCAUCAAGGGCUCGGGCGGGUUCGUGUGGGCGUGUAAGAACUACGAUGGUGACGUCCAGUCGGACGUGGUAGCACAGGGCUACGGUUCGUUGGGCAUGAUGACAUCAGUUCUGAUGUGUCCGGACGGUCGCACGGUGGAGUCCGAGGCUGCUCACGGCACGGUGACCCGCCACUACCGCAUGCACCAGCAGGGCAAGCCCACCUCCACCAACCCUGUGGCCUCUAUCUACGCCUGGACCAGGGGCCUCAUACACCGUGCCAAGCUCGAUGACACUCCUGAACUCGAGAAGUUCGCACUGGCACUUGAAGAUGCUUGUGUUGAAUGCAUCGAUAGCGGUAAAAUGACGAAAGACUUGGUGAUUUGUAUCCACGGACUGAAGAAUACUAAAGAAGGCAUGUACUUACAUACCGAAGACUUCCUCCUAGCUAUUGCUGACCAACUCGAGCGCAAGUUGUCUUCCAAGUAAACGUAUUUAAGUAUCAAUCAGUGGUGAAACGACCUUGAGUCUUUGUCUUAACGUUUCUAUUAUUACUGAUCAAUGAAGAUCUAGACUAGAUAGGAAAUUUAUACCUUUUCAGUUGAUCUACAUAUAUUUUUAAGUAAUCCAAUUUUUAUCGUACAUUGCAAAGUGUUUUGAAUCUGAACAAAUGUGGGACAGUUAUGCAAUUUUGUUUUUAAUAAAUAUAUGGAAAGAGUAAUUAACAAAUAUGUGAGUGAAAACAAGAUUAAGAUUGAUUGUUUUAUAACGUAAAACAGCGGUUUUAAUGUAGGUAAUUAACAGAAGUAUUUCAGAGUUAAAAUGUGGUGCUGGUUGUUCAUGGAGUUUUUAAGGACAUUUAGAUGUAAAAUUAGGUAUUUUGGAUUUUAUUUGCAUUUUCAAUUGUUUUGUUGAAAUUGGAUCGAUCGGAUGGCCGAGUCAUGCAUGCAAUGUUCCUAUUAACAAACAAUAAUGAAUACAGACCUGAUUUUGAGAAAUAUAAUGAGCGCACAAGUAUUAGAUAUGAUUAAGAAUUUGUAUUUUUUAUUAAUAGGUGCAUUCAUGUGAAACAGUGAGACUGAUAAACGGCCAUAAUGGGAAUUGCGUAUUAAAUUUUAAUAAUACUCUUUUAAUAAAGUAGCAGCCUUUUGUUAGAAGGAUCACCAUUAAUUUGCGAUGUCAAUAAUGGUACCAACAAGGAGUUAACAUUGUAUGAAGUUUUAUUAUCCCAGUAAAUAUAUUUGUAGACAUUAUACAUUUGUUAAGGUAACUUUAUAUAUGUGAAUAUUUUUGUAACUGCAUGAGAUUUAUGGAGAGAUAUAUGUAUACGCUUAAGCUCAUCACAAUCAAAAUCAAUAUGUAUUUUAUUAAUAAAAUCAUUUAUUUCAAA